UAAGUCUUGUAUUCAUCAUGAAAAUGGGAUACAGAAGUCUGGGGACACAGGACAAAUUGUGAUAUUUGGUGGUUUAAAAUAUGUAAAUUGUUUCAAAUUUACUUUUUUAAUCAACUUAAAUAUGCUUAAAGUUUAAAUGGUGUUAUUUAUGUCAAAGACAGCUUUAAAAUUGAUAUUGUUCAACAUUUUAAGGCAAUAAGAUAAUGAUCUUCACUGGGGACACAAAAGGCACCAAAUACCAGGAAUGACCCAGUUAAUGAUUUCUGAUUAAUUGUGCUGCAAUCACAGUAAAAACAACAUGCAGAAUCAUGAGACACUUUCUGAUUGAGUUCACAAACAUUUACAAAAUCACAUUACAACCUCUUACAAUACAGUUAAGUGAACUGGAUAUUUGUCUACAAGAAAACAAACAUGUCAGAAUUACAGCAGAUAGUGACAAUCUGAACACUGUCCAACUCUUCAAAACUGAAAAAAAAAGCAGGCUGAUUCAUCAGUGGCUUGUAACUGAUGCUGAGGUUCUUGUGAACUGUGAUUAUUCUCUGUCUGUCGCUGGAUUAAUUGAAGCAUAUAGACAUUUAACACUGAUCUUCAUCUGUCAAUGCACAUUCAUAUAAGAGCAAAAACGUUUUACAAUGGAACAAAUGACUGCAAGAGGGUGAUAUUAUUGUCAUUUGACAGACAGAGUGUUUAAACUCAUAACAGUGAAAUAGAGCUGAAGUCAAUGAGUGAACCGGAUCCACAGGUGCAUUUAUUCACAGUCUCAUUAACUGUCCUCAAUAUCAUUGUGCUAAAUUUUUGUGCUCAUUCAUGCAGGACAAUGAGAAACAAAGACAUUCGUCGAGGGGUAGACGGCUGACAGUUUCACAUAACAGGUAAAAACCAGAAACACACGAACAACUUCACACCUGAGACGGGCAGAGCAUCAGACACCUCAAAGGGCAAGUACUAUAACUGUAUUAUAUAUCAGAUCACACUUUACAUUAAUGUAUCUACAUGUACAUUAGAAGGUGCUUGUGAGUGUCUCCUGUUAAUUUACAACUCUGAAGAAUAUAUUAUUAACUUAGGAGAGUUAACCCAAAGGUUUGAAGACGUUUCACGUGCAAAGAGUAAGAAACUUCUAAUGCUUUAAAGUUGAUUAGAGUUAAAUACCGUCAUGAGUCUUAAAAUGUGAUGACUACAUUUCAGUGUUUAGAAUCUGUAAAAGAACUUUGAUUGUGGCUGAAUUGUGUGUGUUUGACAAAUGUGUGUUUUUACUUUAACUCUGCUUUGUACUAAUGGAAUACAUAUUGGAGCACAAUUGGAAGGACCUCGUUCUGUAGUAAACUAAAAUCCCACAAGGUACUCUUUGGUUGGGUUUUGGUUAUUGCAUUUAGAAAGAUUGUCCAAGCUACAGGUACAAAUGUUAAAAAGACAAAAACAAAAAUUCUUUAUUUACCGAGAUUAUCUAAUGGGGAUCUUAAAAGAUGCUUUUACCCAGCAAACACAGGACUUUCCCCAAUGUUAAUGUAUGGCUCCCAUAUGGUUAUAUUUUUUGGGAACCAAUUCCUAAUAUUCUGGGAACAUUCUCUUUAGAUUCUAUUUUUUAUAACCACAAACUAACAUUCCCAGAAUGUUGCAGGGAGGUUUUUGUGUGUAUGGUCUAAUGGUUAUUUUUAGGUUUUAUUUUUUGGAUUUAGGAUGGUAUUGAAAUAAAGCAGGGUUGCAGAAAGGAUAUAUAUUAAUCUUCCAAAAUGUGUUGUGGCUGAUUUGAGUGAUUAUAUAAUAAUUAUAAAUCAUUAUAAUAAAUAAUUAAUCUAUCAAUAACUUAUCUGUUUAUUGAGGUCGCAGCACGGUUGCAGAAAGGUUCAGGGAAUUAAGAGUUUAAAGCAACAUUAGGGGAACUAUCAUGUACAACCUAAAACAAACGUUCUAUUUCCAUUAAAAAAAAUGUUUCUCAAAAACUAAAAAAGUACCUAAAAGCUCUGUUCUAUCAGGAAGACUCGCAGACUUGAGUGAAAUUCAAGAUGACAUUUAUUUGAUGAAUAUAAAACAGAAAUGUAAUGUCUCUCUUUGGCUUAAGCCCCGUCUGGCGGUCCGAAGAAGUUGGACCCGUCAUAUCCUGCCGGAGAUAGGAGGCAGGGGCGAGAAGCCUACCCCGUGCAGGACGGGACUCAACUGGUGGUGGUAGGGUGGUGGAGGUUGCCGUGUUAGCACACUGAAACAGCUAUGUGAUAGAUUAUGAGCAGACUUAUAAAGCAAUGGCUUACAGGUGAUUGGCUAGGAGUUACCUAGCUAAUGAUGUGAUGAUGUACAGCUGCUAGUCUUCCCGCUAGAACUACGCUGCGCUUACAUUUCUAGGAACCAAAACUUAACGUUCCUAGAACAUUCUAGGGACCAAAAAUUGAUAGUUGGGUAUCAGCUUGUGAAAUUUAAAUAAUUAAGGGACAGAGAUUGAUAUCUGAAUCUAGAGUACACUGAUGUGAGGGACAUUUUAGAGAUCUAUUUUUAAAGUCUUUUUGUAACUGAGAUGAAUUUCAUCUUGUUCUAUAUUUCUCGUUUUACAGGAAAGAAUCAGCAGCAUUAAAAAACAAACAUGACUGACAAACGCACUCACAGAGUCGUGUCUAAAGAUGGCCACAAUAACGUAAAGAUCGAUCACGUGGAGGGGAUGGUGAAGCUCUUCCUGCACGACAUCUGGACCACAGUGGUGGACAUAAAAUGGCGCUAUAAGAUCACCCUGUUUGCCUCCACGUUUGUCAUGACGUGGUUUGUCUUUGGGGUCAUUUUCUACCUCAUUGGUUUGAGGAACGGCGACUUCGACGCAGAUCCGGCGUCCAAUCACACGCCAUGCAUCAUGAACGUGGAAACACUGACAGGCGCAUACUUGUUUUCUCUGGAGACUCAAACCACCAUCGGUUACGGGUUCCGUCACAUCUCGGAGGAGUGUCCCCUCGCCAUCAUCACGCUAGUUAUCCAGCUGGUCAUCACAGGACUUGCAGAGAUCUUUGUGACUGGUGCGUUUCUGGCCAAGCUGGCACGACCCAAGAAGCGUGCAGGAACCAUCAAAUUCAGUCAAUCAGCGGUGGUCUGCAAGCGUGAUGGGAAAUGGUGUUUGAUGGUGCGAGUGGCCAACAUGAGGAACAGCCUGUUGAUUCAGUGUCAGCUCUCGGGUAAACUACUAUCACCCCACAUCACCCAAGAGGGCGAGAAGACCCUGAUCCACCAGACCAGCAUGGACUUUCAUCUGGAUUCCAGCAAUGAGUGUCCAUUCCUGCUUCUGCCGCUCACGUUCUACCAUGUUCUGGAUGACAGAAGUCCGCUGGCCGGCCUUACGGCUGAGAAUCUACUGACACGUGAGUUUGAGCUGCUGGUCACUCUGAAUGGGACAAUGGAGUCGACCGCAGCCACCUGUCAGAGCCGAACGUCUUACGUACCGCAGGAGAUCCUGUGGGGUUAUGAGUUCAAACCCGUGCUCUUCAACACAGCGGGCAGAAAACUGACUGCAGACUUCAACUUCUUCGAUAAAGUUCAAGCCUGCAGUGAGACGCUGACGAUCCAGAAGUUCAGCGAGAAACUGCAGCUAGAGGAGGAGUACAGACGGGAGUGAAGAGACUAGACGAAGUCAAGAAGGUGCUGCACAACAGACUGAACACUGGAAAACCAGCUACAAAAUGAGCUGGAAAAUGAUGUGGCAAGUGUAAAUCAUUCUGGAGUGGUAAGAAGAUCUUAGCUUCAGCUGGUUCCUUUAGUGUGAAAUUUUGGCUUCUGUUACUGCAGAAUACAACAGAAUCAUGGAAGAUGGACCACCAUCAAUCAAUACAUUAUGGACCACAGAAUUUACAGCACCAAAGCUUUUCAUUUAUACCUAAAGUCUCCUUAAGUUUGCCAAAAAAUCGUUCAUGUAACAACCCUAUUUAUAGAGCACAAUAAUCUGGUUCCAGAAGUAAAAAUCUCAUCCAUUUUAUUUCCAUUGGUGAAUAAAUCUUCACAGAUAACUUAUAAACCUUUAAAGACAGACCUACCGUGAGCUCUGAUGUUGUUAAUUGAUGGUAUAUGCUUCUGUUGAAGCCAUCAGUCCACGUUAUUUCAACUACAUUGUUUAAAAAUGGCAUUAAAUAGCAGAAUUCCUGGUGAAGAACUACACUACCCAUAAUCCUGAAGUGAGAUCCACCAAUCAGAGAAUCAGAGAUUGUGAAUGAUGCAAUCGAGUCACUCUCCCUACACUCUCAAACUACUUAUAUUUUUGUAUAUAUCAGAAUAUUUUGCAAUAAAAUAAAAUAUAUAUUGUCUCUAUUCUUUUUAAUCAGCAACUUUGAAUAAAUAUUUUAUCAUUUACAUAGCUUUUCAUUUGAUUACAUCAUUCGCAAUGCUUCAUGGGAUUGUAGUUCAUUCCUUAUUAAAGACGUUAAAGAUGCUGUAAGCGAUUUUUCAUGGAAAGGUAUUCAAAAAUGUUCCUACUCCCUGAAAGAUAUUAAUGAAAUAAGUGUUGUAAAAUAUCUCACUGGUCUCUGUGACAGCUCUAGACUGUAAACAGCAAACAAAUAUGUGUCCGCGGUCUCUGACGCUUUCUGUCUGUCAAUCAUUUUACGUGUUUUCAUAGUAUUGUAGUUUCAGCGAAUUAUUGGCUACGUUCACACAGUGUUUAGAAUUGACAAUCGCAUUUACUUACAGGUACGAGUCUUGAAAUGUCCUGUUCAUACUAUAUCUUACAGUAGCAACUUGAAUCCUGUCUGUAUGAACAAACAACCGUAUUCUAACAGCAGUAUCCAUAGUAACAGUGACUGAAGUAAAUAUUAAAGAUAGCGACAUCCAUAACACCGGCAUGUCUUUUCAUGAUUUACUUCACGUUAUUGACUAAACAAGUCCAAAUGAGGUGCAAGUUCAUCCAUUAGAUCAUAAUUAACUGACAGCAGCUUUGAAUGCUUUUUAAUCGCGUGCAGAGUGCAACUUUUGUGUCACGCGGCUCGUGCCCGCGAGCAGCCGGAGGAAAACAGUGGUUAGAUAUUCAGAUUAGAGGUCUGACCAGGCCUUAAAAUAAAACCCAAACCCGACCUGUACCUGAGACCGUGUGGCCCGACCCUACCCAUCCUGAACGAUACCGUCAGAUUUUAAGCCUGAACCCGACCCAAACCCAAAGUCCUACUUGAAAAAGUGACCCGAACCUGGCCUGAAACCUGUCGGGUUCUCGGGUCCUGUCGGGCAUGGGUCGGUUUGCAGACCUCUAAUUCGGAUGACACAGCUCAUAUCUCCGUCUCUGUGAGUCAACGAAACCCCACACGAAACACAUGAGACACACACGUGUACAGUGCAGCAUGGCUCUCAUGUUAUAUGACGUGACUAACAACUAGAUGUCCAAUACGGUUCCAUUCGCACAGCACAGGUUUGCAGAGAAUGGGGUUGUGAGUCCUGAAAAGUUGCGGGUGUCAGUUCGGUCAUAGAAUGCGGUUGUCACACUUGUAAAUAACCAUUCUGUGUGUGAACGCAACCGUAUUAAGCACUCAAAACAAGUUUGACAACCGUAUUCUGCUGCUGUGUGAACGUGGCAUUGAGGCAUUAUGCAUUUUUAUGCCAUGUUGUUCAUAACAGUUGUCAGUUGAGGGCGCUAUUUUGCUGCUGUUGUUUUUAACAACCAUUUCUGCUCUCAAAAAAGCUCAUUUGGUAUCUUUGGAGGGCGGGGUUUCGGAAAGAGGGGGCGUGGCUAAUCCAACGGCUCAGUCUCGUGGAAGUAGAUCGGCUAAAAUCGCUUACAGCACCUUUAAGUACGCAGUCUUGAAUCUUUAGGUGCAUCCCAAUCCACACACUUCUGUACUAUUUUAUGUCAUUUUGAAGUGUCAGUAGUGUGAGUAGUAUGUUUACACUGAAAAUGCAAUAAAAAGAAGUGUACUGCGAGUACCCGGAUGAUGCAGUUUUUCAACCGUCAAAACGGAGUGUGGAAUGUUGGACACUUCGUGUACUCGGCGCACGCGGCUUGCCGUACAUAGCGGAAGAGGCGGAGUUAGUAUGGUGAUCUGGCAAAAGAGUUCUAAAUAAUGGAGAAUAUAACAACUAACGAAACUUCUGUUAAGACAGCACCUUACAAAAGUGAGAUAAAUGCUUUGCCAUCAAACCAUGCUGUGUGAACAUGUAUAUUAUUAAGAUAUAAGUGUUGAACUGAGGGUGGAUAGCGUGCUAAAACUAGCGGCAACACAACGCUUGGGUUUGAAACGUCACUUCCGUCAGCUGUUAAACGGUGAACGCUUCCGUGUAGUAAAAAAAAACUUUAAGUGUUCCAUUUGGGACGAUACUACACUUUGAAAACUCAUACACUACAUGGCUGAGUGCAUAGUACAUUUUGUAAGUGCAUAGUGUACAGUGUGUCGUUUGGGAUGCAGCUUUUGUUUUUUUGUCAGAUUUUCAAAUACCUUUUUGCUUCAAAUCAAAGUUUGUAAUGUUGGGAUUCACCUCAGAGCUGGUUGGUUUGGUUCAUGGCACACAACUCUUUUAUGAAGGAUUUUAUGAAAUUCCUAUGGAGCAAAUGAAUGGGAAAAAUACUUCUGGAACAAAGACGACUGAAAAAGAGGCUGGGCACUGUUGCGAAAUAUUACAACCACUCAUAUAGAGCACUUUACAUUGUCCAAUCAACUAAUGUUGGAUAAAAUCAAGUCCCGCCCUACAUUUUUUCCUGUUGAAUAUCCAGUUUCAUAUGAGGGGCCCAUAUUUGACACGCAAUAAUCAAUUGAUAAAUCAAUAAAUCAAUUGAGAAAUCGAUAAAUCAAUUGCGCAAUAAAUUAUAAAGAUAAUUUGAUAAAUAAAGGGCCUAGAAUCCCGACUCUCCAGUUGGUCUGCUGCUUCUCUGAGAAGCUGAGACAAGCCAGACAUCUUCGACGGCUUAAUAAUGUGGAAACGGUGGGGGAGUCUGGGUAUCUCAGCGAGUAUUGACGCUGACUAUCACCCCUGGAGUCACGAGUUCGAAUCCAGGGUGUGCUGAGUGACUCCAGCCAGGUCUCCUAAGCAACCAAAUUGGCCCGGUUGCUAGGGAGGGUAGAGUCACAUGGGGUAACCUCCUCGUGGUCGCUAUAAUGUGGUUCUCGCUCACUGAGGGGCGUGUGGUGAGUUUUGUGUGGAUGCUGCGGAGAAUAGCGUGAAGCCUCCACACACGCUAAGUCUCCGCGGUAAC